AUGAAGUCUUGUACAACAAUACAUGAAGUAGCUGAUUUAUUCAUGUAUUUCAACAAUACUGAAAAAUUACCUAGUGUAGAAAAAGUGCUUACUAAGAGCAAAAAUGAUAAAGUUAAGCUUACAUACUUGAGGAAUUUGUUGACUUCUGUGAAAGAAUUAAUAAUCAAUAACAAGAAAAUGCCCAGCACCAACAAAAAUAUCAGAAUAAAGAGACAAAAUGGAAAUAGUAUUGCCUGCAAUUGUAGGAAUGAUAAGGAACAAUUGAUAAUAAAUACAAUUCAUAAUUAUGGUGAAUCAAAUAAUGUGCUGAAUGACAUAAUUUUAAAAGUCCUUGAAAAUGAAAAAGAAGCAGUAGAUAAAGGAGUAUUUUCAAUAACAGUGAUGACUGCUAGAGUUGAAUGCUUGUUUUCUAAUAUGGGGCAUUUACAUUCAGACAGAAGAAAUAGACUUGAUGUAAUUGAGGAAUCAGAAAUACAAGAAAGUGAAAUAAGCAAUGAAUCUUUUAUAGGAGACAUUGAAAAUGAGGUUCAAUGUAACGCAGUGAUGG